GGGAAAGGGAGCUGCGGGACGUUUGGUGAAAAUGGCUCAACGUCUGCGUUUGUACUUUGGCUCAGGCCGCAGUAACACAGCCCCGGAAAUACUGGAAGGAGACUCUGAGGAUCAGCAGGGAGACAAUGAUGUGGUAACGAUGCUCCGCAUGCAGCCACCUCCAGAUUCCACGGAGUCAGCUGCGUCACAUGCUCCACCAAGAGCUUCGCGGUUAGAGCCUUCGCUUAAACGCAGCUCCUCCAUGUUCAUACCCCAGCUCGCCUCCUACACUGAGCCACGGCCCACCAAGAGCUCCUCUAUGCACAUCUCGCUUCAGCGUUCCAAUGGAUCAACUAAUGGAGAUUCUCGUGGUCAUACUGCUGAUGACGAUGUCCCGCCACCCUGUUAUACUCCUCCAGGACCGGCGCCUGCCUAUACCGAACCACAAGUCCAAACAGACUUUCCACGACAGCCGCCACCUCCGUACUACAGCCCAGAAACUUUAAACUCGCAAGCUCUUCCAACAGAGCAGAACCUGCCCAAACGCAGGGUCUUUAAUAUUGGCGCCAAUGGCCAUACUAUGUACAGCAGGGGCCAACCUGGUAUCAGUGUUGGUGGUAUUUGCAUCCAGAAAAACUCUGCGGAUGGUUCUGAUACCCAACAUUUCAGAAUCCACCCUUAUGGGGGCACUGGAUGGUCUGUCCAGCAGCAGAGUUUGGACCAGUGCUCUGUUGUUAACGGUGGAACACAGAGACUAGUGUUUCAGCUCCAGAAAAACCCUAACCAGGACCAGAGCCAGGGCAGGCCACAGGCUGCUGCAUCCCAGGCAGAAUCCACAGAUGUUGGCUUUACCAGCUCAAGAGGUAGCCAGGUGGUACGUUACCCCAGGAUACGACUGGAGAGAAGAUCAUCGCAUCAGAUGCCGUUGCUGGAAAAUCAAAACCAAGAGACUUGUGCAGAUGGCAAAGUUAAAGAGAACCAAACAGACACUGAGACGGAGCAAAUGGAAGCAAGAAACACAGCUAAUGGUUGUACUUUCAAAAUCAGUGGGGAGUCUUCCAGGAGGCAGCCGCAUUUCAAGAUCUAUUUUACUCCAGGCGGAGGUGGAGAUCAGGAUGUGAGCCUCUGCAAUGAAUCCACCAGGAAUAAUCCCAAGACCAGAGAUGAUUUCCUGGGACAGGUUGAUGUUCCUCUCAGUCAUUUGCCGACGGAGGACCCUGCCAUGGAGCGGCCCUACACGUUUAAAGACUUCCUGUUGCGGCCCAGAAGUCACAAGUCCAGGGUGAAGGGUUAUCUGCGUCUGAAGAUGGCCUAUCUGCCCAAACUUGGAGGACCUGAGGAAGAGCCUGGAGACAUGAGGGAGGAGGCUGAGGGAUGGGAUGAGUCCGCUGACUCGGGCUCCCAGCGACCCCAGCAGCUGCUCCCUCCGCUGCCCGCCGGCUGGGAAGAGAAGGUGGACAACCUUGGACGCACCUACUUUGUCAACCACAACAACCGCAGCACACAGUGGAAGCGGCCCUCAAACAUGGACGUGAUUUCAGAGACUGAGAGUGAUAAUCAGCAGCGGCAGAUCCAUCAGGAAGCACAUCGUGUCUUCCGUUCGAGGCGCCACAUCAGUGAAGACCUAGAGAACGAACACAUGGAGCCCAGAGACAUAGACAAUUCCUGGGAGCUCAUCACAGAGGAGGAACCGAGCAACAGCCAGGCCCAGUCGCUGCCCGGCUCCUCCAACAACUUGCCACCACAGCUACCGCCGACACCCGUCCCCCAGGACUUCUCUGAAGAUUUAAAUCUGAGGCUGACGCUCACUCCCGAAACCAACGGCGAAUUGCCGGGGCCCAGCUCUGCUCUGCAGAACCAGCUGUCAAACAGACUCCGAUCCUCGAGUAUGACGGAUGGUGUCAGUGAACAGGCCCUGGCUGCUCCUCUUAUGCAGGGCUCCCAGACCAGAAGAACAAGAGCUCAAACAAUCUCAGGUGGUGAGGAGUCCAUGUCUCCCUCAGCGACUGCUUACGCCUUGACCACCCCCGGCCUGCCCCCUGGAUGGGAGGAGAGGAAGGACGGCAAAGGAAGAACUUAUUACGUCAACCAUAACAGCCGCACCACUACCUGGACUAGGCCCAUUGUGCAGCUGACUGAAGACGGACCCAGCACCUCAGCAGCAGCAGCAGGCGCUGCAGCAGCAGCAUCACCAUCACCAGGAGGAGCCUCGGCCCUGGCACCCCCAUCCACCCCCUCCUCCUCUUCCAAUGCUUCCAACAACCACCUCCAUGAGCCCCAAGUCCGACGACCUCGUAGCCUAAGCUCCCCUACUGUCACCCUUUCCACCCCCUUGGAGGGAGCAAACAACAUUCAGUUGCGGAGGGCUGUGAAAGACACGUUGUCUAACCCGCAGUCUCCCCAGCCGUCACCCUACAGCUCCCCCAAAUCACAGCCCAAAACACAGCAGAGCUUCCUGCCCCCGGGCUGGGAGAUGAGGAUAGCCCCCAACGGACGGCCUUUCUUUAUUGACCACAACAGCAGAGUCACCACCUGGGAGGACCCCAGGUUGAAAUAUCCAGUCCAUUUGAGGAGUAAGAAUUCAAUGGAGCCUGGGGAACUUGGUCCUCUUCCUCCUGGAUGGGAAGAAAGAAUUCAUUCAGACGGACGCACCUUCUACAUUGACCACAAUACCAAGAACACGCAGUGGGAGGACCCUCGUCUGCAGAGCCCGGCUAUCACAGGACCCGCUGUUCCCUACUCCAGAGAGUUCAAGCAGAAAUAUGAUUACUUCAGGAAGAAGUUGAAGAAACCGGCUGACAUUCCCAACCGAUUCGAGAUGAAGUUACACCGGGGCAACAUCUUCGAGGAGUCGUACCGUCGCAUCAUGUCCCUGAAGAGGCCGGACGUUCUGAAGGCGCGGCUGUGGAUCGAGUUCGAGUCGGAGAAAGGAUUGGACUAUGGCGGAGUGGCCCGAGAGUGGUUCUUCCUCUUAUCGAAGGAGAUGUUCAACCCUUACUACGGCCUGUUCGAAUACUCAGCCACAGACAACUACACUCUCCAAAUCAACCCCAACUCCGGCCUGUGCAACGAGGAUCACCUCUCCUACUUCAAGUUCAUCGGACGUGUGGCGGGAAUGGCUGUGUUUCAUGGAAAACUGCUGGAUGGUUUUUUCAUCAGACCCUUCUACAAGAUGAUGCUGGGAAAACAGAUCUCCCUUAAAGACAUGGAGUCAGUGGACAGUGAGUACUACAACUCUUUGAAGUGGAUCCUGGAGAACGACCCCACUGAGCUGGACCUGAGGUUCUGUAUAGACGAGGACAACUUUGGACAGACGUACCAGGUGGACCUGAAGCCCAGUGGCUCAGACAUGGUGGUCACCAAUGAAAACAAAAAGGAAUAUAUAGACCUGGUCAUCCAGUGGAGGUUUGUCAACCGGGUCCAGAAGCAGAUGAACGCCUUCCUGGAGGGCUUCACUGAGCUUAUUAUCAUCGAUCUGAUCAAGAUCUUUGAUGAAAACGAACUGGAGCUGCUCAUGUGCGGUCUAGGUGACGUCGACGUCAACGACUGGAGACAACACUCUGUUUACAAGAACGGCUACUGUCCCAACCAUCCUGUCAUACAGUGGUUCUGGAAGGUCGUACUGUUGAUGGAUGCUGAAAAGAGGAUCCGACUCCUCCAGUUUGUGACGGGAACGUCUCGAGUGCCCAUGAAUGGUUUUGCCGAGCUUUAUGGGUCUAAUGGACCUCAGCUGUUCACCAUCGAGCAAUGGGGAACACCAGAUAAGUUGCCAAGAGCUCACACAUGUUUCAACCGCUUGGAUCUUCCCACUUACGAAUCAUUUGAGGACCUGAGAGAGAAACUCCUCAUGGCUGUGGAGAACGCGCAGGGCUUCGAGGGCGUCGACUAAGGCAGCAGCCUCUGACUGCUUAAAAGCAACCAACAAUUUAAAAUAAAAAAAGAAACAAAAAGCCACAGGCAGAUCGAACCAGCUGCUGUAGCAGUUCUGUGCGAGCAUGUUGUACUGUAACGCCUGACUGUGAGUCACCUCCACGGCACGGUGGCUUGAGACUCUACAGCGAUUUGUCGAGCAACUACGCCUAUGUCUUUAAAUCACUACAGAGUGGGUAGGUCACUCCUUAAAGGUGCUGGGGGAAGAAAGGGAGAGCCACACUGCUGAAUUCUGAAAUCUUUUAUCCGCAGGCAUGAGCGAUGAAUGAGCUGGCCCCUGAUCUGCCGUUUGUUUCCCCUCUAACCUUGUCCUGUGAAAAUCUACAGUGCUGGAAAACACUAAUGCAUUUCAAUAGCUCCUUGUAUACACUAUAGCACAGUAUUUAAGCACCCUUCAAUGCAGUGGAUUUAGCAUGGCCUUAAUCUGGCUUCUAAAUGCACUAUUUUCUGUCAGAAACUGCAAAAGGCCCUAUGAUCACAACUCUCUCAAACACUUAGACCAACACCAGAUUACCUUAGGAAUGCUAGCCAAUCACAGUUCAGGACAUCGGUCACACCCCUCCGUAGAGCCUUUGUUGUGUGAUCAAAAUCGCCGCUGCAGCCUUUUUGUAGUUUUCCCUUUUUUUAGCCACUGGUAAGAAUUCAAGAAAGAGGGAUCAGAUAAUCCCCAAGGUUUUUUUAUAUAGUUUUGUCCUCCUCGAAUAGUGUUUUUUUUCUUUUUUUUUUUAAACGAUUGGUAUAAUUCUUGCAAGAAAAUACUCUUAACUCAUUUGUACUGAUGAACAAUGUUUACUAUUUUGACAAUUCUAUACAACAUGGUGAGUGAAGUGUAAAUCUGGCUAGUCUGGGAAAUAAAUAAUAUCAUUUGUUAUGGCGAUAGCAAAUGUGUUGAAUACAAUGUUUUUUAUCGUAGUGCUAUGAAAGCAGCAUGAAACCGUUUCUUGUGUUUGCUUUGACUACAUCGUAGUAAAUUGGAUAUGUAAUUGGUCGAGAAGGGAAAACACUUGGGGACAGUCCCUCUGAAACGUUUGCGUAAUGAUUAUAUUCUCCUGCCUGUUGCUGUUCAUAAUGCUGUAAAUUGUUCAUGGGGAAAAAAAACACAUUUUAAGUUCUUUCAUGAAUAUAAAUAUAUGUGAAUAUGAAUUUAACAGAAGUAUUACUGAUCAAAAACACUAAAAAUGAAGCUGUGUGCGUGCGAGGGUGUUUGAGAGAAAGCUGUGAUUGCCACUGAAUAUAAAGCAGCACGUUUCUUACAAAGAAAAAUGUUUUUUCUUUUUUUAUGUUUUUGUUUCUCUCCUUUUUCUAACACCAUUGAACCUAAAGGGCACUUUAUAGAUCACUCUGAGGUCAUGUCGCCUAGUGUAUGUCUUUUGUCAUUAACUUGAAUGUGAUUGUUUUUUUCCCAUUCGGAGCACUUAACCUGGUGCAAUAUAAAUAGUCUGUAAAUCUGGGCUGCUGCUAAUGUGGAAAACGUUGACGGAAGUGAAGCAGAAACUUCACAUUUUCUCUCUUCUUUUGUCUCCUUUCACUUUUUUCUCCUCCCUUGUGUCUCUUCCCUCCUGUGAUCCCACCUCCCAAACUGACUCAGUAAAGAGUAGACCUUUUUUUAAUGAAUGACGGGAAAUAUCUCUUUUGUUAAAGAUUCUACCACUCUCUGCAACUCUCUGUGGUUCAUUUAACUUCAGUCAAAUAAAAAUGAAACUUCUCAGAA